CGCAGCUAGGAAGGUGCGCGAGGUAGGUGCGCGAGGUGGCUGCGCAGCGGAGGAAUUUGCGGAAGCGUGAGAAACAAGAGUCAUAUGACCAAGCAGCAGCUCAAGAAAAUGUUACCCUGAAAUGGAUAAACAUUCCCGGAGACGGUGACAAAUCCUCCUCUAGCAGCAGCGGCCUGAAGAGGUGCUCUGUGUAUUUCUGUGAUGGAGGAGAUAAAGGUGUCUCCUGACUACAACUGGUUCAGAAGCACAGUUCCUCUGAAGAGAAUUAUUGUUGAUGAUGACGACAGUAAGGUGUGGUCUCUGUAUGAUGCUGGCCCAAAGAGCAUCAGGUGUCCCAUCAUCUUCCUCCCUCCAGUCAGUGGGACAGCAGAGGUGUUCUUCCAGCAGGUUCUGGCGCUGACGGGCUGGGGCUACAGGGUAAUCUCGCUGCACUAUCCCGUGUACUGGGAUCUCAUGGAGUUCUGUGAUGGCUUUCGGAAGCUUCUGGAUCACCUACAACUUGACAAGAUCCACCUGUUUGGAGCAUCUCUGGGGGGAUUUUUAGCUCAGAAGUUUGCAGAGUACACACACAAGUCUCCCAGAGUGCACUCUUUGGUUCUGUGUAACUCGUUCAGUGACACGUCUAUCUUCAACCAAACAUGGACAUCAAACAGCUUCUGGCUGAUGCCAGCCUUCUUACUGAAAAAGAUCAUUCUGGGUAACUUUUCCAAAGGACCUGUGGACUCUAAAAUGGCCGACGCUAUUGACUUUAUGGUAGACAGGCUGGAGAGUCUGGGCCAAAAUGAAUUAGCUUCACGGCUAACGCUCAACUGUCAAAACUCCUAUGUUGAACCACACAAGAUUAAAGACGUCGCUGUGACCAUCAUAGAUGUGUUUGACCAGAGCGCUCUGUCGCUGGAGGCCAAAGAAGAGAUGUACAAACUCUAUCCUAAUGCCAGAAGGGCUCACCUGAAAACUGGAGGAAACUUCCCAUACCUGUGCAGGAGUGCUGAGGUCAAUCUUUACAUACAGAUUCACCUGCGUCAGUUCCACGGGACCAGGUAUUCUGCCAUAGAUCCUUCCAUGGUGAGUGCUGAGGAGCUGGAGGUGCAGGGACUGAGCAGGAACCAGGACUCUGAGGACAGCCAGUGAGACGUGGACCUCCAGCCAGGCUCCUCCUAAGCAGCUUCAACACUCUGCCUCUCCUCCUGAACUCAUAAAAUGAUUUAUUCUUUUCUAUGAAGCUCAGCCGUCAAUCAGCAGGUCAACAGAGACUAUUUUUAUCUGUCAGAUGGAGCAGUAUUUUCCUAAAGACUUCGUGCUGAUAGUCCAUCACUGACACUUUGCUUUACAACAACUUUGCCUUAAGUUGAGUGGAGUGUUGCACUCAUAAACUGCCUGAACUGUGUUCUUAUCUGUGGAAAAUCGUGGGUGAAAUACCGAAACAUGCUGUAUAUCCCAACGUUUGGUAUUCACUGAGAUAAAAUUACCUUUUUCUGUUUUUGAAAGACGAAAUAUGAUUUUUUUUAAAUAAACUUCACAUUUUGAA